ACAGGCGGCGUCGUGAAGCCGUGACGUGGUGCGCGCGCGGCGUGGAAUGGCGGAAGCGACGCUCCCUCUCCCCUCCUCUAAAAAAACAAUCCCUCCCUCUCUCUCACGCUCUUUUUUUUUCCUCUCCGUCUCCCUCCCGAAUGUCAACACGAUAGCGUCAGCGCCAGCUGAGAGGCCGACAGAGCUCCGUGAACCGUUCGCCCGCGUGGGUCACGGCGUCCUGUUUUCAAAGCAGGCGGCCGGAGAGACAUGGAAGGUCGCAUCUUCUCGGUGCUGUUCCCAGCGGCCGUGUGGGUACUACUGACUGCAACACACGUUACAGGCCUGGCGGCGGAGGACGACAGCGGGGCGCAGGAGUGCCACGUGCAGGCGCACGGGGAGUCGUGCGAGGGCAACCAGAACAGCUCCCGGCAGCGGCUCAACCACGCCUACCAGGAGGUGCGCAACAAGAACGGCCAGGAGGCGCUGCUCGACCACAAUUUUCUGCUAGUGACUGUCGCAACGAACCAGACAGAUGGCUUCAAGCGCUUCAUGAGAUCUGCUAAAGUCUACAAUGUUCCAGUCAAGGUGCUGGGGAUGGGGGAGCGGUGGCAAGGAGGAGACAUAAAGCGCUACGCAGCUGGAGGGUUCAAGGUCAACCUCUUGAAGAAGGAGUUGGAGAACCACAAAGAUGACAAGGACAAGAUCAUCAUGUUCACAGACAGCUACGACGUGGUGAUCCUGGCGGAAGUGAAGAGCAUCCUGGACCAGUUUGACCGGUUCAGCGCGAGGGUGCUGUUCUCGGCGGAGGGAUUCUGCUGGCCAGACGGCUCCCUGGCGUCCAAGUACCCGACCGUCCAGCGAGGGAAGCGCUACCUCAACUCUGGAGCGCUGGUCGACACCAUUCUGGAGGGGAUGGCGGGGGUGACAGCACACAGCGAGCACAUUCUGGUGGAGGGAGACACAGCCAGAGAGUCGGUUAGGCGCCUGCGGUCGGUGCUGUGCCGGCUCAAUGAGAGCGGCAUUCAGGUGACGGAGAACAAACGGUUCAUCGGCUACGCUCCAGAGCUGUACGAGAUAGUCACGUCGUCCGCGUUGGAAGAUACGGAUGACGAUCAGCUGUUCUACACCAACAUCUAUCUGAACGAUGAACUGAGGAACAAGUACAAGAUUAAGCUGGACCACAAGGCAGAGAUAUUCCAGAGUCUCAACGGAGCAGUUGACGACGUGGAGCUGAGGUUCAAAGGGCGCGAGGCGUACCUGCAGAACACCGUGUACAACACGGUCCCCCUGGUGGUGCACGGGAACGGGGUCAGCAAGACGGCGUUCAACACCCUCGCCAACUACCUGGCCAAGAGCUGGAACGCGGAGGACGGCUGUCUCAGCUGCUGGGACGACUCCUUGGUGCUGGAGGACAAGCCGCCCGAGACUUGGCCGGUGGUGUUCAUGGCAGUGUUCGUGGAACAGCCCACGCCGUUCCUCGAGGAGUUCCUGGACAAGCUGGCCCGCCUGGACUACCCCAAGGACAGGCUGCACCUCUUCUUCCACAACGCGGUUGAUUUCCAUUCGACUUUGGUGGAGCAGUUCUGGUCGGACAACAGGAAGAAGUACCGUAGCUUAAAGACCGUCACCCCCAGUGAUGACAUAGCAGAGCACGAAGCCAGGAAUCUCGCCAUUGAGCAGUGCCUAGCCAAGAAGUGCGACUACUUCUUCACUGUGGACAGCGAAGCCCAUCUCGACAACCCGCACACCCUCAGGCUGCUCGUGGAACAAAACAGGAGUAUUGUCGCUCCACUUCUGAUGCGGCCAUAUAAGGCGUGGUCCAAUUUCUGGGGGGCCCUGUCUCCUGAUGGCUUCUACGCUCGUUCCCUGGACUACAUGGACAUCAUACAUAACGAGAGGAGAGGUGUGUGGAACGUGCCGUACAUAAGUGGCUGCUAUCUGGUGAAUGGCUCCAUCAUCGCCAACACUGACACUCGACCAUCGUACACUUUGAGUGACCUGGAUCCAGACAUGGCGUUCUGUGCCAUCAUGAGAGAAAAGGAUGUAUUUAUGUAUGUAAGCAAUCGGAUGGAUUUUGGCCACCUGGUUAAUUCAGACAACUACGACAUAACCAAAACAAACAGUGAGAUAUACCAGGUGUUUGACAACCGCUGGGACUGGGAGCAACGCUACAUCCACGAGAACUACACGGAGAACUUCAAUCCCAACAAAACAGCUCAGCAGCCAUGCCCAGACGUCUAUUGGUUCCCUAUAGUCACGUCCAGGUUCUGCAAAGAGUUCAUCGAGAUAAUGGAAGACUACGGGCAGUGGUCGGACGGUACAAACAAGGACCCCCGGCUGGACGGAGGCUACGAGAACGUGCCCACCCGGGACAUCCACAUGAAGCAGGUCGGCCUGGAGCCCCACUGGAUGGAGAUGCUGCGGCUGUACGUGCGGCCGCUGCAGGAGCUGGUCUUCACGGGCUACGUCCACGACCCGCCUCGUGCCCUCAUGAACUUCGUAGUUCGGUACAGGCCGGACGAGCAGCCAUUUCUGCGCCCGCAUCACGACUCCUCUACCUACACCAUCAAUAUCGCCCUUAACCGGCACAACAUUGAUUACCAGGGAGGCGGCUGCAGGUUCAUCCGCUACAACUGCAGCGUGACGGACACUCGCAUGGGCUGGGUGCUCAUGCACCCGGGGAGGCUGACCCACUACCACGAGGGCCUGCUCGUCACCAACGGCACCCGCUACAUCAUGAUCUCCUUCGUCGACCCCUGACCCCACUCCCCGCCCGAGGGACCGGUCGCCGAGUCACUGCCCUGGGAGGCGCGAGCGCGCGGGCGUUUGUGGUCGUUGCUCCUCUCAUCGCUCGCAAAGAUUCCUUCCUUCGCCGCUCUAUGAGCAGAGACACUUCAUAGUGUUAAGUAUACUUUUGUAGAUUGGUGCAGGCAACCAGAGUUACAGAUUGCUACCACUGUCAUGUUAUUUGCAUUCACUAGAGAAAUUUUUCAGCAAGUGAUAUACAACCACAGUUACAUACAUAUUGCACGUCCGCGAACACUAAAAUAUAACACUUUAAAUAGUUAAUGGUAGUCUUUCAAAAGUGUCAAGGCAUGAGUUGCAUUUUAAGCACAGACCAUUCUCUCUGUUAUUUUGCAUCUUUUUUCUUCUUAAAGUUUCAUGCAAUAAUUUUGAUUAAUAUUUGUAACCAAAGCUUUAAUAAUGCACAUAUUUUUAAGACUCAUUAAUUUUUUUGUCUAUACUUAUUGUAACUGAUUUCAGGUGCUAAAAGGAUUCAUGUUCCUAACAUGUUGUAAUUCUAGUUUAUUAAGCUGUGCAUUUAAUGCAGAACAUUUACGCCUACAAAUAAAGUGUAUUUUUGCAUGUUUCCAAUUUUAUAUUUCAUGAAAUAUAUAUAUAAGUAUA